AUGUCUUCUCAGUCUGAAAGCAAUCUGAAUAAUGUCUUUGUCUCAUGUCCAGAAUUUGGAGAGGAAGAUAUGAAGCUUCUUCAAAUAAUGGAGAAGAUGCAAACUGAACUCUCUAAACUGGAAAACAGGGUAACAAACGUAACGAAAGAUCAAGACUCUGAACUUCUACAAAUAAGAGAAAAGAUGCAAACUGAACUCUCAAAACUGGAAAACAAAAUAACAAACGUAACCAAAGGGAUUUUUCUUCCUCAAAUACUAGAGAGGAUGCAAACUAAACUCCUAAAACUGGAUAAUAAAGUAGGGAAUAUAACCAAAGGAUUAUACUGGAUAGGGGGGACAGAUGAAAUCAGAGAGGGAAGGUUUGUUUGGGCGUCUACCGGAAAUUCCCUGACGUUCACGGACUGGAACAGAGGAGAACCAAAUAACGAUGAAAGCAAAGAAGACUGCAUUGAAAUUUCAGGACAUUCAGACAGAAGAGGAAUGUGGAAUGACAACUUGGAGAAUGAAAUGCCUUCCAUAUUUCCCCCAAAAAGUAUACAACCAGAGUAA